GAAUAUGUCUAGCAACUCCAGAAGAGUUAACAAUAUUGCAUCUUUGAUCGUUCAUUUAAGUGUUGCGUUAAGAGUACUUUUUUGUCAGAUUGUGGACAUAAGGAGUGGGAAGGUCCUUGGACCGAACGAAGACGGAGAAGCGUUAGUCAAGAAGCCGACUGCCAUGAGGGGAUAUUACGGAAAUCCUGAAGCCACAUUGCAGACCAUUACUCCUGAUGGUUGGGUGCGAACAGGGGAUAUCUGCUAUUACAACGAAGACGGCCAGUUCUUUUUCGUUGAGAGAAUGAACCAGCUCUUCCGGUGCAAAGGGAGCCUCGUGGCCCCUUCCUCAAUUGAGAGCGUGUUGCUCAGCCACGAAGGAAUUGCAGACGCGGCUGUCAUUGGAGUACCUCACUCAAAAUACCUGGAAGUAGCCAUGGCAUUCGUCGUGUUGAAGACAUCUCAUAGCGAACUUACUGAAGCAGAGAUCCAAAACUUCGUUGCAGGCGAACUUGAAAGCAACAUGCACCUUCACGCGGGCGUAAAAUUUAUACAAACGAUACCGAGGAACGAAGACGGGAAAGUCAUCAGAAGAAAAUUAAGAGAGCUUCCUCAAGACGACUAGUGCGACUCGUCGGUUUCAGCAAACCGUAUCAUCAUAAGUAUUUUAGUGGUACACGAUAUGGUGGUUCGAUUCGAUUUAGUUAUAGAAAAGUGAACAUAGUCGAAACCAAUUAACUCAGACCAGACGUCUAAUAAACACCUUAAUGUAACACUAUGGUCGGUGGCAAGUCAAGAGC